GUGACGUUGCAGAAGGCGUGUCCACAGUGCGCGUGGCUAUCAUGGUUGUCUCAGCGUUGGUCUGAGACAGCACUUAAAAGAGGAACAUUUACAAGAAAAAACUAUGGAGGCUUCAGUCACUGAAGGCCUGCAGUCCUGCCAGUGUGAAGUGGAAGCAGUUGACAAGCUGUCGACUGAGCAUGAGAAACCAGGCGAAUGUCGCGCAGAGAGCGCUACAGCUCCAGCUGAGCUGCAGGGCCAUGAAGUCGGACCUGAUGCAGGUGUCACAGGGCUGAUUACACAAGUGGAGGCAGGCGUGUCUGUGUCUGGGACUGUGGAGAAAGACUCUGUGGGCCAUGAGGUUGUUUCUGAGAUGUGUACAGCGGAGAUCAUUCCAAACCUGAAUGAGGCGAUGGAGACGUGCGUGUCUGAACAGGACAGAGAUCAGCACCCUGACACUUCCAGUGGGACUGUAGAGAAAGAUUCUCCAGGCCAUGAAGUCGUACCCGAGUCAGGACCAGCAGAGCUCACCCCAAAGCGCCACGAGGAGAUGGAGAUGAGUGUGUCUGAGCAGAACGGAGAUCAGCACCCUGCCACUGAGAAGACGACUGUAGAGGGAGAUACAGUGAGUCCUCUCCUUGGAGGAGGAGGAUCUCUGGCUCUGCUGAGCAUGCAGUAUAGAGAAGAGAGCUCAGAUGAACUCUCAGAGAGUGAAUCAGACUCAUCUUCGUCUACAUCUUCCUCAUCCUCGUCCUCCUCAUCUGACCACGUUAUCACGGUGAUAAAUGAACUUGAGCAGGAUGAAGAUGAAGACGGUGUUGCUCCCGGGAGAAAAACAGCACCAGUGAGAACUCAAGAUGAGCUGCUUAUUGAGGACCUUCCUGCAGUGGAAAAUCUGACCAUCAGCCUUCCUGAAGGCACCGACAUGGAGCCAGUUGGAAUCAUCUCAAGCAUCGUGGAUCAACUCGUUAUUAUUGAGUCUAAAAAGGACACUCCACCCCUGAACGACGACAGCAUCUUAUUCAACAAGGACAGGAUGUCUGUUGGCAGGGUGUUUGAAGUCUUUGGUCCGGUGUGCCAGCCGUAUUACAUCCUGAGAUUCAACUCUCAGGAGGAAAUAGAACAGAGGGAUCUCAAAAUAAGGGAGCCGGUUUACUUUGCCCCCAAAAUCAAAGACUUCACCGAGUACAUCUUUGUAGAACAGAUCAAGCAAACUAAAGGAUCUGACGCUUCUUGGAAAAACGACCAGGAGCCUCCACCAGAGGCCCUGGAUUUCAGUGACGAUGAGCAGGAGAGAAUGGCCAAGCAGAAACUGAAGAACCAGAGGAGACCACCGCAGCAGAAACAAGAAGAGUCAGACUCGGACAGUGAAUCCUCUGCCAGUAGACCUCCACCUCCCCCAAGGAGAAAACCCCGGCAGAACAGGAACUCGCCGCGCGGCCGGCCUGCGCAUCACGAGCAUCAUGGUGGCUUCCACGCCAACUAUCACGCCAAUCCUCACUUUCAACAGGACUUCAUGCACCACCCUCCUGACCCAUACAGACCUCCGUUCCGAGGUCGUGGGUACCCUCCCUUCCCCCGCGCCCCACCUCCUCACAUGGGCAUGGACCCCUGGCACCCCUGCCCUUACCCAGGACCCAUGUUCUACCCUCCACCACCUCCUCCACCCCCUCCAUCAAACUAACAGAACAGAACUCUCUCAGAGCUGGAGUGACUGAGAGCUGAUGUGGAAAUGAAGAGGUUUUUACUGAAACUUCAUUAAAAUGUCACUGUGGAUGUGGAUAGGAGAAAUUAAUGGAACAUUUAAGAUGUUUUUUUUUUUUUUUUUGUAAUUCUUUUGGGUGUGUUUCAGCAGUCUUACACAGUCUUCAGAAAUAACGGUACCAGUCUGUACUUUUCCUUGUCGCUAUGGCUGUAACCGAAUACUACUAUGUUAUUUGGAAUGAACAGAUAAUUUGUUGUAAAUGGAUACAGAAUAGGAGGCAUUUUUUUUGUUUUUCUUUUUUUCUUUUCUCCUUACAGGACAUCUGGUUCCGACUAGAGGUGUGUAUCGGGACUGGGAACCCACAGGAUGGAACAAACAAGAAAGUAUUAAAAUAGGGUUAGGACACACCCACGUUGGGAUUAAAUCUGAAUACAGAUACAGACUUUCAUCUUUUGUACCUUUAGUAUGUAUCUUUCACCUGGAAAUAUGAAUAUAGUGUACCUUUAAGAAUAAUUCAAGAUGCAUAAAUGGACCUUAUAAGGACCACUGAGGUAUCUUUAAAAGCUUUACUCUAAAAGCUGAUUAAAGGUACAACACAUGCACCUUCCCAGGUUAUUAAAAAAACAUGUUAAAGUACAAAAGAUGCACACUUGAUGAUAUCACUCCACCGACAAGGAAAGUACAGAUAAAUCAGACAAUCUCUGCAUUGGAAAAUUUGCAGUUUAUCCUUUUUAUUUUUUUUUUAAAUUAAAAUAAUGAGGCCUCAUUACAAGUAGUUUAUUUUUUACAUGUGUACACAGCAUCAAACUCUCUUUAAGAAGUACUCCAGUGUUUUACAAAUUAAUCUCUGCCACAAUAUGUAGUGUAUAUCUGAUUACCAUGGACAAGAACUGAGACAAUAAAAAACCUGAUAAAAUUUUACAAGGAAGUCUAAAAACAGUCGCUAAAUUCUGUCAGUAAACUUUUAAAAUGUACGGCUAUAUAACACAAAUGCAAAACUACACCAUUUACAGUACAGGAAAUAUUACAAAACAACAUAUUUACAGAAGUCAAUAUUUGGGGAGAAAAUCUUACCAAAGCUGUUGUCAUUUUGUUCAAUUUUAUUUAUGCAACACUGAAACUACACAGUAAAAAGUAAUUCUGGUUACCUAGAUAGUCCAUAAAGUUUAUUAUUUGUGUGCGUUCUUGCAGAAAAACACCAGAUAUGUUGGUAAAACAGCCACAAAUUUCUUAGAGGGAGAAUCAUAUGGAUUUGGAGCUUAAAUUUCACAAGGUUAUGUGUUGUACAUAAAUGUUUUUUGGCAGAAUUCAACCACUGCCCUUAGAUUUCCAUGAUAAUUGAGUUCGACUUGAACAGUUUUUUUUUUUUUUUUUUUUUUACCAUAGUAUGGGGAAAUUAGUAAUCCAUUGAAAUUACACAUGCUGCACCUGUGUUAGAGAAAGUUUAAUUAAUUUAAGGUCUUGUCUAAGAGUUUUUGGUUGUAUAACUGGCUCUAUUUCAAACACUUUUCAAGCAGUUUCAAGUGAUCUCACCUUCAUGCUUCUGCAGAAUACAUAUUUCUAGUGUGCUAGAAGCUAGAUUCUUUUGCAAUAUUUAAUUGUAAGUGUUGUCAGUACAUGGCUCUGAAACAGAAGCCUGAGGGCAUAUAAGAUUUUUAUUUAGGCUCAUGCUGAUAUCAUGGUAGUCAGUCAGUACUGUAAAACAUUUCAGCAGAAAUUGGCAACUUUCCAGCUCACUCAUCACUUUCUGCUUUGGUCUGCUCACUGAGAAAGAAAGAGAGUCCAAAUUCCACCUUCCUACUGCACUACAGUACAUCUGUGUAGUGUUUCUUCCAAGGAUAAGUCAGAGUGCCAUGAUGUUUAAUAUGGGCCUGAAGUAUCGGAUCCUCUACCGAGAGGUUGUCUGUAUUGGAAUGAUGGAUCUGGUAUCAGCUAACACUCACAGCUCUGAUCUCAUUUUUUCUAGUGUUGGUCAUUGUUGUUCCAGCUGUGAACAUAUAUCAGGGUCACAGGGACAUUUGAGUUUCCAUUAGAGUGGUCAUGUGCAGCUGGGUCUUGGCAGCAGAUUUACUCCUUCCCGUGGAAUUUGGGCCUUCUGAAUGGAAAGUGUGGGUCUUGUUUGUGACGAGAGCUGUUUGAAACAGGAAGGAGCUUAGUGCUGUUUAUCUCACGACAGCAUAUUGACUUUUUACUUGGGCUUCCUCAUAAACACCAUGAUGAAUGUGUGUGUAUGUUUGUGAAAGUAAUUUUAAAUGAGGUUAUUGUUUUGUUGCGAUAGCAACAAUGUACACAGGGACUUGUAUAUUGGUUGCUCCACAUAAAUACAUUUUAAAAAGUGUGCAAUUGUUGCUAUGGUGAAUUUUUCUGUAAGGAGUGGUCUAUUUAGCAUUUAUGGAAGGAGUCUCCAGUGUCAGCACUGGAGAGGUACACCUGUUCCUUUAGGUUUUCAGACACAGGAAGGUCUUCAGGAAGGUUACAACACGAAACCUUGAACAAGACCACUCCAAAUCCAUCCAUCCAGGGGAUCCUGGAGCAACCCAUCACAGACACAAUUGCACACACACACAUGCACACACACAAGAGCCAGUCAGCCGACAAUGCAUGUCAGGGGGAGGAAAUCAUCAGAUUUGAGACCUACUGGAAACCUGUGGUCUGAACUGAAGAGUCCACAUGCAUAAAACUAACAAUAUAAAAGAGCCUGAAAUGUUGUGCAUGGAGAAGUGGACCAAAAUCCCUCUAUAAUCAUCUCCAACCUUGUGUGACAUUACAGCAACAUGCUCAUUGCACUAAUCUCUCUAGGGCAAGAUUAAUAUUAAUUGCCAGUAUAUUUGAAAUGAGUUUUUUUUUUUUGAAACAAUGCAC